AAGUGCAGUAUUUCUUUUGUCUUGGUCAGAAGAGAGGGAGUUCAUAUUAGACUCAGAGCUCCUGAACAGAGCAGGAUGAUGAAAAAAUUUAGACCUGAGGAAGAACAGGCAGGAGAACGCACAACUCUGAUUAAAAUGGAUCCCAAAUUAAGAGAGAAACUGCAGGAGCAGCUGGGCGAGUACAUCUUAGAUACUGUCAAAUACAUUGAAACAGUAAAGGAGUUUUGUGAAAGAGAAUCAAAAUGGACCUUACAGAGAAAAUCUGAACUCAGGAGAGUGAAAUACAUCAAAGACCGGGCCGAUCAGAUCACUCUGAAGUUUGACCAUGUUCAGAAGGCUGAGGACAAGGCCAAGGCUUUUGGAGAGUACAUGUGGAGUGGUCUGACUCAGGUUACAGCAGAUUCCAGAAGUCAUGAGCUGGAGAAGGAGCUAGGAGAAGUUUUGAAGAAGACUUUAGAAGGACUGGAGAAACUCCAACACUUCCUGGAUGCAGUGGAGAAGCUAGCCGUCACCUCACUGUUUGUGUUUAAGAGCCAGAGAUUAAUGCCAAUGGGAGUGUGUGCUAAGAAUGUGUGUUCAGUGAUCUCCGCAGCCAGGAUCGUGUCUCCACUUCUCAUCCACUUCAAGAGAAAUGCAAAAAAGUUCUUCCUGCCAAGCCUCAGCAACGUGGAUGUCCUGGCCUUGCAGCUGGACAAAUACAUCCAUGUCACUCAGCAGAUCUGUGAAAAGAUGUUUUUUUCUCACCAUGAAGUCAAAACAAACUGUUUUACAAAACUGUGGUUAUUUCUCUGCGGAUUAUUUGGUGUAUUAUUUGGAGGUAAUCAUGAAUGGAAAAAUGGCAAGCUAACAUUGAAGUUUAGGAGAAAAAGUGAGGAGUCUGUGAAGAAACUGGACAAAUAUUUAAUCCAGCUAAUUAAAAUCAGGAUGGACGAGUCAUUCAGGUUAACAUUUGUCUUUGGUGCAAACACACAGCACUUCAUUAAUUUAUUCAGUGAGCGCCGCUCCAGGAUGUUUGCAUUCCUGUCUGAUUUAGAGAAGGCUGCAGUUGAGCUGGACAACAUGAAGAAGGGCUCCAACAUUUCCACUGUGGCUGGAAGUUCAGUCGGUAUUGCAGGAGGUGUUUUGUCCAUCGUAGGUUUAGCUCUCGCUCCCGUCACUGCAGUCGCAUCUUUGGCUCUCACGCUAACAGGCGUUGGUCUCGGAGUCACCAGCGGCGUCAACAGCCUCGUUACAGGCAUCACUGAAAUGGCAGUGAACAGUCAUCAAAUGAAAAAUGCCAACAACAUCUUCAUCAGGUUUAUGGAAGAUGUGCAGAAGAUCCAAGGUUAUAUGAAAGAAGUUGCCAGAGUUGAGGGUCCUAUAGCAAGUGUACAUGGAGUUACCGUAGCUUUUGUGAAACUGGCCGCUUGUGCUAGAGCAGUAGGCAAAGGUAUUGGUGCUAUAGUGGAUGGAGUUUCAGCUGUAAAAGUUCUCAGAAGUGAGGAGGUGAUUGCAAAGGCAGUUAAUAUGGGGCUUCAGGAAGCUAAUGCAGGUCGGAGCAUCCCAAAACUGGUUGCAGAUCUUCCUGACAUUGGGCAGCUGGCUAAAGGAACUCCUCUGGCCAUUUCAAAGUCAGCCAGGGCAGGGUUCAUUACUUUAAAUGCCCUCUUUAUUGGAGUAGAUAUUUUUUCCAUUGUUAACAGUGGCAUUAGUCUGACCAAAGGCAGCAAAAAUGAAGAAGCCCAGCUCAUUCGCUCCAGAUCAGUUAUGUGGCGCGUAGAGGUGAAGGCAUGGGAGAAGAUCUAUAACCAUCUGUGUAAAGGAAUCACGGGGUUUUACAAGAAUCUAGAAAUUCUUGAACAGCCUCUCUACUUUUAAAGAACAAAUUUGACCAAAAUACUGACCUGGCAGUGAGGGUGAUUAUAUUUUUUAAGCAAUAAUUUAAUCUUAAAAUUAAUUCAGCUUAAACUGGUGAUUUUAGUAACAGUGUAUAACAGUAACAACUAACAAUAGCAGUGACAGAAAAAUAAUAAUAACAGAAAAUAAUAACGUAAAUCCCAAACAUAUGUAAUAAUUUUUAAAAAAUGUUAAAAAAAAUAAAAGAGAAUGUACAAAAUUAAAAUAAUAUCAAACUAAUGCAAUUUUUUAAAAACUCAUAUAUAAAUUAUGUUAUAGAAAUCCGAUGCACACAUAGACAUGAUAAAAUGUUAUUUACAUGCAGUAGAGUUGGAAUUUGUUUAGCAUGAUGUCUAGAUUUAAAUUGUACAAAAAUAAAGCUAUACAGAGGCUUGGGCUGUGCCAAAGUAUCACUACAUUUCCAGAGGCAAUUCUGCCUUCUAUAUUCCUGAAUGAAUAUUAAUUUUCCAUUAAAAUGUUUCACAUUUAUACAGACUUCAGGAAAAAAUUAUGUUUUCAAUGAAAGCAGAGUAAUGUGUAAUCAGAGCAUUUGUACAGUUAAAAGUAAGUAAAAUUUGCAUUGUAUGUUUAAAAACAUUAUUAUUGUAUCAUAUUCAGGUUUCAUUUCGGUGAGUGAGUUAAAAUGUGUAAUGCCAGAGAUCAAAAUAAACUGAAUAAACAUGAUAAAAGACACAAAUUGUUAAUAAAUUGGUAAUAAUUGUACUGAAAUUCCUGAAAUGUUCCAUUUUUGGAAAUAAAAGCUUUACAUUAUAA